UGCGAACCAACUGGCUUGUCCCCGUCGAGAUCUCAUGCCACUCGUGCUGCCCGAUUCACCAUCCCCGCCGCUGCAGAGAAACAAGCAGCCGGCGAAGCAGAUGAGCGGGACGAGUGCUGCCUCGCACCGGCCGAGCAAGCCGUAUCCACCGCCCCACGCUCCGAGACGGUUAGCUCUGAAUCUGACCACUCCCCUCGUGUCGCUGGCUCUGCUCUUGCUCGCCGCCGCCGCCUUGUUCCUCUACUCCCAGACCGCCGCCCGACCGUACGAGUCCCGAGGGGAGGUGCCGUCCCUCUCCUCCCCGACUGUGGAGAUCUUCGACGGCGCGCGCGCCAUCUGGGAGCUCCCCGCUGCGGCGCCGGCGAGGGCAGUCCUCUUCGUCGCCCACGGCUGCAGCUGCCGACCGGAGAACUUCUGGCCACCGUCCCCGCGCUGCCCGGGGUGCGUUGGACUGCCGGAAGACGUCGCCAUCACGGACCUCGCUCUGCGGAGGCGGUUCGCGGUCCUGGCCGUUGGGAGCGCCGGGGAGUGCUGGUCGCUGAGAAAGGAGGUCAACGGCGCCAAGCGGGUGAUCCAGUCCUGGGCUGCCAAGAACGGACUCGAAGGCCUGCCGGUUGUCGCCCUCGGCGCUUCCUCUGGCGGGUACUUCGUCUCCAGGCUCGCGGCCAAGAUGAGCCUCGCUGCCGUCGUGAUUAUGAUCGCCGAGGGCGCGUUCGGCGGGGCAGCUGGCGCGCCGGCGGCGGUAUACCCGCCCACGAUGUUCAUCCACAUGCCGAAAGACAGGCGGAGGGCGGCGCUGUUGGAGAGGAAUUCGAAGAUGCUGAUGAAGAAUGGCGUUGAGGUGAAGGAGCUCCAGAGCCUUGAGCUCCCUUUGACGCCGACGCUGCUGUCGGAGAGGAUAACUGGGCUGGACCGCGUGCUAUCAGAAAAGAUCUGGACGGCGUUCAGGGAGGAAGGAUUUGUUGAUGAUGAAGGGUAUAUGAAGGAGGAUGGCCGGGCAACGCCAUGGAAGGAUGCAUUGGUGAAGAGGGGGUUCUGGAAGGAGGUGUCUCCUUUGGCUGACCACAUCCAGGAGGAGCUGAAUCUUGCAUAUGGGUACCAUGAGAUGACGAGCUUGCACGCUGAUGAGAUGUUCAAUUGGAUUGAGAAGCACUUGAAAUGAAGAGGCUAUGUUGUUCAUUUCAGCAUUGUGCAGCUUUGUACAAAAUUAAACGGGUUGGAUGAAGAGGAAGCUGCACUGCUGCUCAGGAGUUAUUGCUUCACGAAUCAGUGAAUUGAGAAGACACGUGCAAGAUAUUUGUUCAAAAUUCCUGGUAGACUAACCUGAUGAUGUGAAAUAUCAAAUAUGUACAAUUGUACAUUGCUUUCAGCUGGCUCUUGUGCAACGAAUGGGUGAAAAGAAGUAUACACAGAGAUAGUUCAGUGAGAUUUUUCUCUGACCUGUAAUGUUACUCUUUGUUCAUCAAGAUAAGGUUUUUCUUAUUUGUCUCUGAAUCAUCACACUCGGGAUCUUGAUCUUUGUUGUAUGAUAUGAUCCUGCUAGCUACUAAUAACAUUUUGACCGGUGGAAUGGAACUUGUUUGAAUCUUA